UCAGGGCCGCAUGUGGGUCUAUAUGUUCUUUUUCCAGCUUUCCAAGUGUUGGUCCUGGAGAACCAGGCCAACAUCAUCACGCAGCUUACCGAGCUAAGGAAGAGUGUCGUGGCUACCUCAGCCACGAAGGUAGCAGUCGCGCUGCCUCCAGACGCCCCCACGCUCCCUGCAAGCACGUACGACGGCCUCAAGGAGGUCAACGCUUACGCUGCCUCGCAAGACAAGCUGGAUGUUCUGGUCCAGCACCUAGCCCUUAUUGGGGGCAACGACGAAAAGGACACCACACGCCGGAUCCUCUGUGCCCUUGUGAAGCACGACCUUGCCCUCAGGUUGAGCUGGUGUGGGUCCGGGGGAAAGAAAGAAGCUUUUGGAGAUCUCCAAAACCUACGUACCGUCGUGCUUCAUGCUGUCAGGUCAACAUGUUCUAUGGCUACGAAGACUUCUGUUGAAACCACCAUGAAGUCGUGGCUGGUCGCCGCACCGGAUCGAAACGGCGGGCGCAGCAAGCGGCGUGCUGCGGGUGAGCCGCAAGAGUAAAAAUUACACCCUAAAUAGAAAGCAAACACGUAGAGGCAAGGAACAGACAACGAAGACUCUCAAAGUGACUAUAUUUUAAUUUCGUCCAACUGUGUACAACUGGCUCAAAAUAGUGAAACAGAUAAAAGGCGAAUCUGAA